GUGGAGAUGCUACGGAUUUACCCUCAGUCCGCACGUCUUUUGUUCAGAGGGAGCCCCGAUCAUUGAGUGUUUGACCUCCACCCUCGCAAGGAUGCAAGUGAAACUCGCCGACAAGGAUGUAGCCCUCCUUGUGAUGGGCUACCUGCAAGACAGAGGUUGGCUGAGCGCGAUGACAGCUAUGGAGGAGGAGAGCGGCUUUCAGAUGGAAGACUAUGGAAAGGAGCUGAAUUUUCUUCGAAAGCUGGUCUUACGAGGAGAGUGGAAGAACGCGGAGGAGUUCAUCAGACCGCUUCAGUCUAGCGUGAAGGAAGACUAUGCUCGUGUCCUCUUUGCCGUGCGCAAGCAGCAGUUCCUGGAGCUGCUCGACGACGCUGAGAGCAGGCCCGAGCUGCCGGAGCUUGUCAAAGUCCUCAAGGGCCUGGAGGAGCUGUGUUCGCGCAGUGAGUUCAAGGAGCUGUGCUUCUUCCUCACUCUGAGCGACCUGCGCGAGCAUGGAGACUAUCGCUCUUGGACAGUUUCGCGAGGAAGAUACGACACCUUCCAGUCCAUGCUCAAAGAUCUUCACCCACUCUAUGGCAGCCUGCCGGACCCCAAUUCGACCAGGUUGCACAGCGGAAGGCGCCUCCAACUUCUGCUUGAACGAGCUGUGCUCCAUCAGGCCAGCCAGGUGGCUGGGAGGAACGGAGAGAAGCUGCUGGACGCGUUGGCUGCAACAGGCGUGACAUCCAUUCCUCUCCCCGUCCUGCACGAUGUUUCCCCUGCGGACUUUGAAGCAGAUACCAUGAACACAUCUGCAGGC